UUCCCCCUCUGUCUCUGGGAAAGUAGCAGUUUAAGGGGGGAAAAACAAGUGAGUGGAGCCAAGAAACAGGUCUGACCUCAGUUACUGGGACUAAACAAGGUGCUGUUUUAAAGAGUCUGUAAAGUGUGGGUGGCCAACAUGAACACCACUGAGCCAGGCUCCAACUUCACCUUCACCUCCGGCACAGAAAACGUCACUCUGUCUGGCCUGACAACCACCGCCAUCUCUCCCACCAUCCCACAGCCUCCAUCCUAUUCUUCAGACAUCCACGACCCCGAAUUCACCAUCAUGGUGGUGCUGGGCUUAUCGCUGCUGCUGGCAGGGUUAGCGGCCUUCCUGGCGGUGUGUCGCCGCUCCGAACAGGAUGGGGACUCUGAGGCUAGCUGCAGCCCAGGGGAGAGCUUGACCCGUGGACGAAGCCGGUCCAGUGAACCCCAGCUCAAGGUGUGGAAGAGACUGGGCUCAUAUCGGCGUUCAUACAACCUGUCCUUCAGACGACCGCCACAUCGCAGACCGCACGAGCGCGAGAGCACACACGCGCCCCAGUCGCCGGCUGGACAGACACCACAGUCGGAGGCCAGUGUGGAGCCCCACCUCACUAUGCCAUGUCUAUUUGACUAUGUCACUGAAAUCUGACUUGAGACUCACUUCUCCCAAAAAUGUGAUACACUGUAUAUUUUAUGGUUGGUGCUGCGAACUUCACUAAUAUCAGGUGUGGGUGAAGAGAGUACAUGAACAGAAGUUUUCGCAUUUGUUUUAAGAUACUUUGAUUGCUAGGUGGAUGAGGUUUGCUAUCCCACAACAACUAAAUUCAAUUACAACACUCAAGAUAAGGAUUGGAUGCAUCAUCAAAUCUCUCUUUCUGCCCUGGAUUACAUUUGGUCUGAUUUGAUUACAUCCAAAGAACAACAGCAGAGUGGGGCAAACUUAAGUCUCAAAUGACAGCAGUUCACUUAAAGCUACAUCACAAAAACAGCUUUUAGUUUUCACCAAUCAUUCAAGGUCCGAGGAAAAGCUCCUGUUCCUUUACAUCAAACUGCUAAUUAUUCUGAUGCUUUAAACCCCGUCCAUCAGGUAAUUCAUGUGAAUUAAGACAAAAACUAUGAAUUAUUUUAUACUGUGAUUUCAUGGAGGUCUCAAAACAUCAUGUGUCAUCGAUACUGACAAGACAAAUGCAACCUGAGCCAAAAACGAGACCACUCUGUAAUAGAUUCUGUGUUUUGUAAUUGUUACGUUAAGAAUUAAAUUUACAUUUAAGUUCAA